AUUAUUAUAAUUAUAUUCUCCACAGAAAUUGACUUACUUUGGCUUAACUUAUUAUCCUACGAGUAUGUCCCCUAGAUGGGGCAGAGGGCGUCCACAGUGCGCUGCCAUUGCCAUCUGGAUCGGUCUUGAGCUUCGUGCUUGAGUUCGAUCCAAGUCUUCCCAAUAGCCUUCGCCUCUGCAAUAAUAGUCCGGCACCAGGACUGCUUUGGACCGCAACGUUUCCUCUUUUUUUGGAGAUUCUAGUUUAGGUCUUGCCUCGGUAUGUGGUCACGAUCCCUUCGACCUAAGUACACUCGUUAUUUAUAUUGAACUUGGCUCUCAUUUCACAUUUAUGUUUCUGAUGGGAUGUAUAAGUACUUACCACAGCUAAGCUAUUUAUUUAUUAUAUAAGUUAAAAUUUAAAGCUUCCAAACUUUUGUAUGAAAUUUGUUUUAUACUCCUAAUUCCUAUAAUAAUCGAAAAAUCGAAUAAAGAAAGCUAUGGUUAACUUUAUGUACAUAAUUUUUUUUCAUAAAGCGUCAGUAUCCGGAAAGGAAAAUAGGGACUAUGACUGUAUGACGAAGCGGUCGUCCACACCCCUUUUACCUAAACGUCUAGAAACAUGUUUAAUAUUAUAAAUAAUCCCUACAUCCCUACUAAUAUUAUAAAUUCUAAAAUAACUCUGUCGGCCUGUUACGGGCACGCGUAAACCGAUUUAGAUGAAUUUUGAAUGGAUAUAAUUUGAGACUUGAGUUAGGCCAUAGGAUAGUUUUUAUUAUCAAUCGUCUUAAUCAUCCCACGCAGACGAAGUCGCGGGUAAAUAAAUAAAUCUUGGGUUGAACUUUUGUUUGAACAUAUCAACUGGUGAACAGUUUUUCCAGUUUACGAUUUGUUAUUAUUUUAACGGAAAUUCAUUUUUAAACUUUCUCAAAUGAAAUGUAAAAAAAAUUAGUCAAUUUCACUGAUAUUUUUUUUCAAUAUUGUUUGGCUUAAGACGAUUCAGUUAAUUAUCUUUAAAAAGUGAAUCGCCUGUUGAUCUAUCAAAAGAAAAUAUGAACCUACCACGGUGAAUUGGGGUCAACAGCUGGGAAUAAUCAAAGCAUCGUGCCAAAAAGAAACCUUGAAAACUCCAAAUUCUCGGUACUCUUUAAACUUUACAGAAUGGUUUGAAAUUAAGUUUUGUGGCAUUUACCUAUUACAGUGCGCUACAAUAAGAAAUUCGUCAAAGCAACCCUUCCUCCUCUACACCAAAUCAAAUCAUUGGUCGUCAAAUUCAGGACUAAGGAAUAACUGGAAAAACUUCAAUGUUGUUGUAAAUAGCUAUGAUGUGGGCAUGACAGCGUUGGCAAUUGCCGGAGCAGUGCAGGAACAGGCCAAGUUCCCACAACUUGACCCGAAACUUGCCUAUUACCACACCACUGCCUGGAGGUGGACCUUAAGGCAGUUGAGUCUAUACCCGGAUAUAUUUUAUAAGAAGUUCUGCCAAUUGCACAAAGUAUGGCGUCGACGAUUCUUCUACGAGGAUGUGUUCGUACCCGAAUGGUUAAAAAAAAUGUUGGUGUGGGUUGAUAAUACCUCAUGGGAUAAAGAAGAAAAUAUGACUCAGCGGUACAAUAUAUACGCAAAACGCGAAUUUGACAAGACUGAUAGAUAUCCACCCAAGAAAUUCGUUUCAGAUGAAUCAUUCAGCAAUUCAACAAGUAUUUUCUAUCCAGGCAAUUUUAUAAAUACACUAUAUGACGAAGGAUUACCCAUCCAAGUUCCCAGACAAAAGAAAAACUGAUGGGGCUAAGAGAAAUUCCCUAUAAGAAAAUUAGCUAUUUUUAACUAUCUAUUUUUUUAUUUCUCUAGUUCAUAAUUUCAAACGAGACUUGUAAC